UAAUGCAAGGCAAAAAUAGUAAUUAACCGUGACUUUCAGGCUAGGUAAAUGGAUAAUAUUGUGCCAGAAGGAUUUACCAGCUCACACAGUCGGAAAUCCAAAAAAUGUCAAAGUCAUGCCAUCCAAGCUCAGCUGGUAAAAGAACAUAAGCUGAUUGACAAGGGGGAGAUUGUGUGCUCCCGGGAAAUGGGGAAGGACCAAGAGAGGAUGAGAAAGUGCUUAGAAAAACUCGAGCACGACAAGAAAAAAAUCUACAAAGAACACGAAAUUCAUCGAGGCACUCCUCCAAUAUCUAGCAUGGAUGAAAGGGAAAGAGCACACAGCCGAAGCAGCAGUCGCCCUCUGAGUGGGUAUGAGGUCAAAGUUCAAUCGCGCAGUCGUCGUCAGUUACAGGAAGCCGGGGCCACUUCCGUGGACCUCAAACGCACCUCAUCACGGAGGUCCACCGACCAGGCGAAGGUAUCAGAUCACAGUCACGAACACCAUUACAACGGACGACAGCGCAGCAACUCUUUGUCCUUACCAGGCCCCAUUAGGAAAUUGUCCAUUUCUCAUAAAAGUGCAACAUGUGCGGAAAUUGAUAAUCCCCUGCCAGUCAAUCAAAUGCCAUCCAUUGUUCUAACGGAAGAGGAUUGUAAGACGUCUAGUAUCCUUUACCUCUCUCCAAAUGCAAAACAGAACGUCGAUCCUUUGAAUACCAAACAAGGAAUAAACAAUGAGAGCUCAAAUAAAGAAAAUUCUGCACCAUCUAAUCAAGAGCAUCCAUCUAGACAAGGGUUCCGAGAACAUAAUCCUUCCCCUCGUGAAAAUAUCAAAAAAGAUUCCCAACCUCAUAAACAUGACCAUCACCAGGAUUCUAAAGGUGCGCGCAAGAAGCAUGAUCCCCACGAUCAUCAUCAACAUGGAGCGCACCCUCAUGGGGCAAGUGCAAAACAUGUGCACAUUGAACACACUGGAUCACAUGAUAAUCAAGGAGAACGUGAACAUCGUGGUCAUCAUAUCGCGCAUGCAACACAUGGACAUCAUGAACGCACUAUGCCACAUAACCCUCAGCAUCACGGUGUACGUCGUGUAUUACAGGAUCAUUACGAUUCACAGAGUGGUCUUAUGACAAAUAAGGAUUCAAAGCAUGAUCACGACCAUCAAAAACACUCACCCAGGGAAAGCAGGAGACAGAGCCUUCCUGACCACAGAAGACCCUCUCUCGGCGGCCAAUCCCGGGUCAUUGCCCAAGAAGACAAUUUGGAGGAAGCACAAAAUUUGUAUGAAUUAGCGAUUCAGUCUGUAGCGGAAGCUCACAAACAGACGAUGCCAACUGGUCAGGGAAGACGGGGGUCUUUACCAGGUGAGAAGCGAGGAUCACUUCCUGGAGAAAGGAGAGGAUCUCUUUCCACUGAUAGGCCAUCUCAGUUGGCCCUUCCUGAACACUUGCCAAAUCUGAGCAUGUUGGACAAGUCUGCGAUGGAAGAUCUCCAAGAACUUCUGAAAGAAGUGCGGAUAUACAGAGACAGAAAAACUUCAGAAGAAGAGCAUGGCUAUCAUUCGCAAAGUCGUAUGCAGAGAAAACGACUCGAACAUAUCGAGGGUAUUUUGGAAAAACUGAGCAGACAUUCCGCCACCAAAUUUGACCCGAAAGAGAUGUUAUCCUGUGGUUACUUAAGAUUAUCCAAACAUAAUAUUGCAGCUCUCGAAGAUAUGGUCAGGGAGGCAGGUCAAAAUCCGGGGAUCCACGCGCAUUCUGACGUCACUGAUUACGAUAUUUGGGCCGAUAUCAAACGAGAAAAAGAGGAGGAGGAAGCUGCCGCUGCUUCAGAUGUCAACCGCUCGUCUCCCACUAAGAAAAUCAAAAGUUGAUUUUAACUUGAUUUUAUUUUUAAAUGGAUUAUGCAUACUUAAAAUCUUCAAAGGUGAAAUGUAGCUUUAUAUUGAUAGAAUUCAAAACUUCCAUGCAACGGCUGUUUUAUAAGUGGACACUUAUUAUCAAAGGCUACCUAGUAAUAAUAUUAAGAAGCUCGUGUAUUGAUCAAAUAAACUUUUAAUUUUGGCAACUUUCAUACAGGUUCUUGAUGUUCCAAAAUGUCGUCAAAUAAAUUAAUU